AUGGAUACCCUCAAUCACCUCAUCCUCAGAGAAGCUCCCCCUCUAGACCCGGCAUGGCUCCAGCACGAGGAAAAGGCAAACCUCAAAGCCCCAAAGAAGGUCUACGCUUCACCCCUCGACCGCCAACCCGUCUACGCGGAAGAAUGCCGGCGCUUGAACGCCAGCAUGCUCGCCCCCGGCGCGCCAUACCACCACCUCUCCCACAUCUGCACGCAACACCUCAAUGCCACAUCGACCAUGGACCAGUCCCCCAUCCCCGUCCUCCGAUUCCACGACCCUGCCCUGGAGAACGAGCAAGUCGCCGUAGUAUACUUCCACGGUGGCGGCCUCACCGUCGGCGAAGCGGACAGCGAGGAGCUCUGCUGCAGACGAAUCGCAGCUGCAAUCCCUGGCGCAGCUGUGUACUCCGUCGGAUACAGACUCAUGCCGGCGCAUCCGGCCUCGACCUGCGUCCAAGACGCGAUGGACGCCUUCUCGUUCGUUAGACGUCUGCGCCCCGGUAAGACCCUGCUCGUCGGAUCUUCAAGCGGCGGACAACUGGCCGCGACGGUAUCCCAGCUCGCGCCCCCCGGAAGCUUCGACGGCGUCGUGCUCCGGUGCCCCGUGACCUCCGACGGGGGCAGCUCGCUGGACUUCGUCCCGUCCGGGCUAUGCCACGCGUAUACCUCGGCGACCCCGUCCUUCGAGACAACCUUACUGGGUAUAUUUCGCAGGGCCGUGCCGAGGGACGGGUUGGCCUCGUUGCCGUUAGAAACCGAAGUCGAGGCGGUCAGGAGCUUGGGGAUGCCGAGGGUCUGGGUGCAGGUUUGCAGCAACGACGUGCUGUACUCUGACGGGGUUUGCUAUGCCAUGCUGCUGAGGGAGGCCGGGGUCGAGGUCGGGGUUGAGGUUUUGAGGGGGUGGCCGCAUACGUUUUGGCUGAAGGCGCCGGGGCUGGAGGGGGCGAGGGAGGCGGAGGACGGGAUGGUUCGGGGGUUGAAGUGGGUUUUGGGGGAUGUGUAG